GAAGGGAACCACCACGUGGUGGGUACCAGGUCAGGGCCCAUUCUCCUCCGCCUUCCCCUCGCCAGGACCCUGUUUCUUCGCCUGGCCUCCCUGGUGGUCCUGCUCUUCUCUCUCUGGAAUCAGAUCACUUGUGGGGGCGGCGCCGAGGCUGAGGACUGCAAAACCUGUGGCUACAAUUACAAGGAACUUCCGUGCUGGGAGACUGUCGUGGGCCAGGAAAUGUACAAGCUCCUGCUCUUUGAUUUGCUGACUGGCUUGGCAGUCGCGCUGCUCAUUCAGUUUCCUCGAAAGCUCCUCUGCGGCCUCUGUCCUGGGGCGCUUGGUCGUCUGGCAGCGACCCAGGAGUUCCAGGUGCCCGACGAGGUGCUGGGGCUUAUCUACGCGCAGACUGUGGUCUGGGUGGGGAGUUUUUUCUGCCCUUUACUGCCCCUGCUUAACACGGUCAAGUUCCUGCUGCUUUUCUACCUGAAGAAGCUCACCCUCUUCUUCAGCUGCUCUCCGGCCGCCCGCACGUUCCGGGCCUCCACAGCGAAUUUCUUUUUCCCCUUGGUUCUUCUUCUGGGUCUGGCCAUUUCCAGCGUUCCCCUGCUUUACAGCAUCUUCCUGAUCCCACCUUCUAAGCUAUGUGGUCCAUUCCGGGGGCAGUCGUCCAUCUGGGCCAAGAUCCCUGAGUCUAUUUCCAGCCUCCCUGAGACCGCCCAGAACUUUCUCUUCUUCCUGGGGACUCAGGCUUUUGCUGUACCCCUUCUGCUGAUUUCCAGCAUCCUGAUGGCAUACACUGUGGCUCUGGCUAACUCCUACGGUCGUCUCAUCUCUCAGCUCAAACGUCAAAGAGAGACGGAGGCGCAGAAUAAAGUCUUCCUGGCACGGCGCGCUGUGGCGCUGAGCUCCACCAACCCGGCUUUUUGACCUGUGCAGCCCAUGUCCCACCUUCAGACCCCAGGCCAAUUGUAAGCCUAGGACACAUCUGUAAAACUAGGAGAACUGGAGAAGACGCCACGCUCUUCCAGCUCUAGGAUCUGGAGAUUUCCAGGGACCCUGGCCGCCACGUCCCAGACUCUCGGGUGAUCUUUCUUCUACCAAUAAAUACAGCCAAGGUGCCUGAG